AGUUCCCGUAAAAGAAUGCCGAUGUGGCCGCUGUGACAUAUAACUUUUAUUUCGCCGGCAGUUUUAACAGCAAAUUGUUGCAAUGAAACUUUUUAUACUGGUUUUCUUUUGUGUCUGCGGUUUUGUUAAGGCAGACGAAGACGAGAGACUGCCGAAUAAAUGCGAAGUGUGUAAGUUUCUGACAUUAGAGCUGCAGGAUGCUCUGGAGAAAACUGGUCGCUCCAAAGAAGUCCUGGAGGUGGGAGAAGUGCUGGACACGGGCAAGAGAAGGAGAAAGAUAAAAUACAACACCUCGGAAACUCGUCUGACUGAGGCGGUUGACAACAUAUGUGAACGCAUCCUGCAGUAUAACGUCCACGCAGAGAGGCCCGGCAGCCUCCGAUACGCCAAGGGCGCCAGUCAGACCAUGACGACUCUGAAGAACCUGGUCCACAAAGGAGUUAAAGUGGACUUGGGUCUGCCGUAUGAGCUGUGGGACGAACCCUCUGUGGAGGUGUCGGACAUGAAAAAACAGUGUGAGACGAUGCUGGAGCAGUACGAGGAGGUUGUGGAGGACUGGUACUUCCAUCAUCAGGACCAGAGGCUCGAGAACUUCCUCUGUCAGAGCCACGUCCUCAAGGCAUCAGAGCAAGAAUGUAUGAAGGAGGCGUGGAAAGGAGACAUGGGGACCAAAGGAGGGGCCGAGGAGGCGGUGAGCGACAGCACAGAAGAGGAGGGAACCAGUGAGAAGGAGGGAAAGACGCACGACGCUGGGGAGCUGUGAGCAAAAACAUUUUCAAGAAGGCAAACGCAGGAGACAAUGACACAACCUCAGUUUUCAGCCUUUGGCCUGAUGUCACAUACGGUCAUCAUACACUAUAUUUGGUGCCAAAAACUUUGUUAGAGUUCACGCUGGGAGUUGUGAUAAUGAUGCUUUACAGACUUUCUUGUGUAAGUUUUAUAUGAGUGGUGUCAACCUUUUAAGAACUGUUGCACCUUUUUAAACACUCAGCUAUUUGGAUUAAUGUUUGAAGCCUUUACCAUGAAUGUUCGAGACCUUUCCACUGUUAUAUUAUGUGUAAACGCUGUUACAUCUCUCCUUAAGCCAACACUACAUGGUACAUAUCAGUAUUUUUUACCUGGAAUUGUAGUCUUUAAAUGAAAUAUGUACAGUUUUUACAUUGUGAAUAAAAUGUUUUUUUUAUUACA